AUGACUCGAGUUCUCGCCGCUAUUACUCUCGUUGCCGGGUUUGCAACUGUUUCUGCCCAAAACCUGACCCCUGGGUGCCAAAAUGCAUUGAAGAAUAUUGCAGCUAACCAAGAUGCUGCCGCCUGUCUCACUCCUGCAGCCCUGGUCGGUAUUGCAGCCACUAAUUCGAGCACCUCCCUUGUGGGGCCGAUAGGCAACUGGCUUGACUCCCUUUGUGGAGUCUCACCAUGCAGCAACUCUACUCUCGACUUCGUAGUCAGCACUCUAACCAGUGGCUGCUCCGCAGAGUUAUCUCUCGUAGGCUACACAUCCGACCAGCAAUCUAAUAUCGAGGCCGUGGUUCGACAGUACUACCCUACUGUUCGCAAAGUUGUUUGUUUGAAAGAUGGCAACGAUAAUUGCAUCACCAAGACAUUGAAGGCGGUUGAAAGUGUCGUUGGACCCCUGUCAAUCGAUAACCUUGCUAAGAUUAUCACGGGCAGCAGUAAUUUGAACAGCUCGGCUAUACCGAAAGAGGUUUAUUGCUCAGAUUGCACCAAAGCCCAAUACAACAUCAUCAAUAAGGAAAUCCCUAACGCUUUCGACGGAUCCAAGAGCGAUAUCACCCAACAAUGUGGUUCUUCCUUCGUUGAUGGUCAAGACCCCUCGGGAAUCACUCAAAGUGCUGUUGCCUCACCGAGUAAAGGAAACGCGGCUCAUAUGCUCUCUGCAUUCCCCGAUACUUCCGCUACCUACGCCUUCCUUGCUGUUGCCGGUCUUUUCGCAAUGGCUGCUUAG